AUGCAAGAUUUACCACCAAUCGGAGGAUACGAACCAAUCCAGUGGAAAAGAAAUAUUCCUUCAAGAGGGUUCAGCGGUACUGUUUACUUUUGGGGUAUCCUUGGGUUAAUGUCUUUUGGAUUCUAUAAAUACUAUAAAGCGGUGGAUGAACAACGUGAAUUCACCAGAGAAAAGAACUGGGCCAGAUUUCAUUUGGAACCUUUGUUAAUUGCUGAAGAAGAUAGAAAUGUGGCUAGAAGAUACUUUGCAGAAUUGAAACGUAGAGAACUAGUUAAAGAAAGCAUGAGUCCUGAAAACAGAGAGAAAUUUGAAGAAGAUAUAUAUAAUGAUAAAUCCAAGUUCCGUUUCCCAAGAUAUACUGCUGGUCUCAAUCCUAAAGAUGUUUAA